AAUGGUAGAUCUUUCUUAGCACAUACCUAAAUAUUACACUCGACGAACCAAGAAACAAAAAUGAACAUCCUACAAUAUUUUGCACUAUGGGUUGUCGUCAUAGCAACAGGCCCCUCCCUAAUCCAAGGAAUGGGGUCGUUUAAAGAUGGCGAUAAUGUGGAUAUAUUUGUUAACAAAGUUGGACCAUAUUUCAACCCACAUGAGACGUAUCACUACUAUUCGUUGCCUGUGUGUCGGCCGGAUAAAAUUAAGCACCGAUCACUAACCUUGGGUGAAGUUUUGGACGGAGACCGAAUGGCGUAUUCCUUGUACGAAGUUCAAUUCGGUAAAAACAAAAAAGAUGAAGAACUGUGUACAAUUGAUGCGGAUGAAAAAGCACUCGAGCAACUCAGAGACGCUGUAGAGGAGUUGUAUUACUUCGAAAUGGUUGCGGACGACUUACCAAUGCGUAGUUUCAUUGGGCGAUUCGAAGAAACAGGAUUUUUGCAAAUGCCACACAUACAUAAACUAUCUUUAUACAACCAUAUAACAUUUCGGUUUACGUAUAAUGGAGAUAAGAUAAUUUCCGCAAAUGCGACUACAAAAGGACACAGCCCGCUGUCUUUAGACCAACAAGCGCCGAUGAAAAUUACGUACAAGUAUAGCGUAGAAUGGACUGAAACAAAACUGAACGCAGCAGAUCGAUCGAAGUUACUCAAAGACUAUACUUUCUUUCCGAGGACGCUAGAAAUACAUUGGUUGUCCAUCAUUAAUUCUGUAAUCCUGGUUUCGCUGUUGAUGGGUUUUAUAGUCGUGAUUUUAACCAGGGUUUUGAGGAACGACUUUACCAGAUAUAACAAGGCUGAAGAUGAUGAAUCUGCCGAAUUCUCUGACGAUGAUAAUGGAUGGAAAAUAAUACACGCUGAUGUUUUUCGAUUCCCGCCAUAUAAAUCGUUGUUUUGCUCGAUUCUUGGAGUUGGGACGCAAUUACUUUCAAUCGGAACUGGAAUUAUAUGUAUGGCUCUUCUCGGGAUGUUUAAACCUCAUCGUCAUGGUUCAAUAAACACAGCGGCCAUUUUGUUGUAUGCACUGACAUCGUGUGUCGCAGGAUAUGUUUCAAGUUCAUACUACCGCAAGUUCCAAGGUGCAAACUGGGUGUCGAAUAUUGUUCUAACAUCGGCGUUGUUCACUGCCCCGUUUUUUGCGAUUUGGAGUAUCAUCAACACUGUACAUUGGAUUUAUGGAUCAACGCAAGCUCUCCCGUUCACGACAGUCCUUCUGCUGGCUUUCAUUUGGGUUCUAGUUGGAUUCCCUUUAACUGUAGUAGGGGGAAUUCUUGGAAAAAAUACAUCUGGAGAUUUCGAUGCUCCGUGUCGCACCAAGAAUAUAGCGAGAGAGAUCCCGCCUCAGCCAUGGUACAGAAUGACAUUGGCACAUAUGGUUUUUGGCGGAUUUUUGCCGUUUAGUGCAAUUUCAGUCGAGCUUUACUACAUCUUUGCUACCGUUUGGGGCCGUGAGGUCUACACCUUAUAUGGAGUUCUACUUCUCGUGUUUGGGAUUGUUUUAUCUGUCUCUGCGUGCAUCUCUGUUGCCUUGACGUACUUCCAGCUGAGUUCAGAAGAUUUUCGUUGGUGGUGGCGUUCCAUUUUCAGCGCUGGUUCGACUGGAUUUUUCGUGUUUAUAUACGCGUCUUUCUUCUAUUUCAAACGUUCGAACAUGUCUGGAACUGUACAAUCAGUCGAAUUCUUUGGAUACACGUUACUGACUUGCUUCGCUUUUUUCCUAAUGUUAGGAACUGUGUCGUUUUUCGCCUCCCUUAAGUUUAUUCGCUACAUUUACGUGAAUUUGAAAAUGGACUAGAGGCAGGGUACCACAGAAACAGUAAAAUGUCCAUCAAACAGGACAAAUGCUUUUAAUAAGGUGAUACCCAAAACUGAUUGAAUAUUCGGAUAUGUUUUGAAUUUGGUAUUUAAAUUGAAUCCAACUGCUUUUAUUUAAUGAAUUUGAAAAUGGAAUAGAGACAAGAAUUCCUUAAACUGACUGGAGACCAAAUAUUUAGAUAUAUCUUGAAUGGAAUAUUUUAUGGUCACGGUUUGGCAGAUUAUGAUCUUGGAAAGUUACAAUUAUAGCAUGUCCUAAUAAUAUUUUAGUGAGGGGUGCUGACAUGGUUAUUCUAUUUUUAUCAGGCAAAUCAUGCCGGUAUGUUAAACAACUUCCCCUCAACAAGAUUGGAAAUUCAGAUUUUGAAAAAAAAAGACAUUCAAAUUUGUUCAUUUUCACAGCCAAAUGGGGGGAGAUACAGGGGAUUCCCCCAUCUCCCCAUUCCUUUAAAAUAUGACUUGCUGCACCACUAACUUUGUUAGCAUUUUUUCAUUUUUAAAUUUUGAGCAAUGUCAUUUCUUUGUUCAAUUUAAUUCAUAAUUUAAUAGAAAUUAGUAGAGAACAUAUAUAAUUUAUUGUAUAUAUUGUCAAUGAUGACUAGGGAUGUCCUGAAUCGAAUAUUUUUUCGGUUUGAAUCAAACAUUUUUCUCGAAUCGAAUAUUGUUGCGCAAUCUUGAAUCUGUCUCAAUUGUACUAUGAAAACUUCCUCCGUAGAUAUUGUGAUAACAUAUGUGGGAAACGUGGAAAAUACUGCUGAUAUUUUUCAUAAUUAUGUUUUCAGAGAUGUAUAAAAAAUAUGUGGUGCGCUGGGACAGCCCUAAUGAUGGCUAUAUUCAAGUGCUUGUUGGAAUCAAAUGAAAAUUUUGAAAAGUGGAUAUUAUCUAUUAUAUAAAAUUAACAUUUUAGGAAAAUUUCGAAGUCAUUGCUCUAAUAGUUCAGAAUAAAAGUGAUUUAUUUUUUGUCCUAUGGACAGCAAUAAUAAAUGCUAUAAUACACUGGUUGGCCCAAAAGUUUCUAAUUAUUUCAAUAACCGCAAAUGCUGUAAAGUGGAUCCACAUAUGAUAUUCGAAAACCAAAUUGAGCAUGAAUCAGAGUAUUACGAAUGGGAAUCUUUUGCUUAAACUCAAUCACAGUCGCCAUCUUGUGUAUAUAAAUUAUCCAUUUCAAUUGGAAUAAAAAAAAUUAAAAUGAUUUUUGCUUUGAAAUUCACUUGCUAUUGGGACACCUGUAUUGUAAUGUUUAUGAUUAUACGUUGGGGUUUUAUUCCUAGGUUUGAAGCACCUUGAAAUGUUUGUUAAACUUGUGUUUAAUAAUGUGGAUUGAUCAAUGAAAUCAGGGGUGUGCAACCUUUUAAUACCGGAGGGCCAGAUAGAAAUAACUGGGUGAAACCAUGGGCCGAAGCUUGAUCUUGUGACUUGCAUUGUUUGCACAUGCUUGAUGUUAAGGCAUUGUAAUGUCAUAGACAUAGAUAAGGGGAUUGGCCUCAGGUAUAGGCUUUGCAACGCAGAGGGAUUGGAAUUACUCGAACAUAACAAAUAAAUUAUAAACUUGUUUCCCGGGCCGCUCAUCAUUCAAAAUUGGCACUCCCCCACGGGCCGCGCAAUUUUUCUUUGGGGGCCGCAGGUUGCACAUCCCUGAAUUAAAUUACAUCAUCCUUAAGUUGACUUAGUGGCCGAAUAAUAAUUUCCACUUUCACGUAAAAAUAAUUUGCUUGUGUAUUUUGUCUCUCAAUGCUAUGUUUUUAUUAUGAACACAGUACUGGUUAUUGGUACUAUAUUUCUCAUCACAAUGUUUUUACUUUGGAGUUGUAAAAUUUCCUUGAUUGCUUUUGUAGUCAGAUUUUGUUUUAGCACUUUAAACUUGCGUCUCUGACAAGCUCAAAAUUUUUGCUUUGCUUAUGACGCCUUACUUCGUUAAGGGAAUACUCUGGUCUGGAAUGUAGUACAGUGAUCAUUUGGCUUCAGAAGUAUGUGUACCAAUAUGGAGGUAACUAAUUUUAUUUGCCUACUUUACAUCAAGUUGUGUAAAGGGACUGAAACCUAUGGACAGGGGGUGUAAUAGAACUAAAUUAUGGAAAAUCGGAAUAAAAUCAUGGCCUAACCCUAACCUGGUACACAUACAACGGGAGUACCGGAAAUACUCUUUGGUUCGGUCUCUUGUCUGGACUCUAGAAGAACAGUGAUCAUUUUGCGAUAUGAUUUUCAACUCAAAUGCCCUCUUUCAAUGUCUAUGGGUAGAUAGAAUCGAAUGAUUUUUACUUUGGAGUUUUAUUUAUCACACAUAAUUAAUUUUUGAUUCUAGUUGUCCUAUGUCCAUGCAUACAGGUCUUAUUUAAUCCUUGGUACAAUGGCAUUCAAGGGCUCAUUCCCAAUUUUUCAUACUCAUCUCUUUACUGCAUUUCACCACAAGAACAUAUAGAAUUAACCCAACAAAAGUCAGAAAUCUUAGCAAUCAUAUUUUUGAUAUUCAAAAUAAUUGUUUUUCCUGUAUUGCAAGAGUUAAAGACGUUAUCAAGACAUUUUGGCUUCCUAUUGAGAUGAAUAAACAUUCAUUUCCUGUGUUUAGCUACUGGUGCUUUUCAAAGUAAACAUAAAAUAUAAAAAUGCAAGCAAGCUUAUUUUUUGCCAUUCAAAAAUGGGACCUCCAGAAGUAUGCAUACCAAGAUGGCGCACAACCUGAACAUAGUAUGUGUGUAUCAGUUAGGAUUUAGGUUGUGCGACAUCUUGGUGCACAUACUUCUGGAGCACCCAAAAAUGAUUGUUUUUUCUGUAUUGUAAGCAAACAUAUUUCAUUGGGACGUUAUAAAACUCAUUUUGCCAUUUGAUGAUGUGUGUUAUUUUUUGGUCAGCUUUUGUGAAAUGAUAGCACUAGAUGAAAUAAAUAUAAAAAUUGUUGAUAUUCAAGCAA